CGCAUUUCCGGCACAAGAAACACGCAAAAUCAAAACACGCGGAGCACAUGGCGACCAUGGCGUGGAGGUUGGCACGGUGUGGUUUUCCAUCGGUUUCGGAGGCAAUGCGUCAUCCUCGGAGCUCGCUGCUACAAAUGCAACCUCACCUGCACCGCCUGCUCGCCCCAGCCGAGGCGGGAUCGAUCUUCCACCGUGCCGUUGCCAGUGCCACCGGGGGUGGGUGAGCACCGUCACGGCGUCACCUCCCCUCCCCUCCCUCCGGCCGGCAUGACGAUCGAGGGAACCAUAUAUGGCGGGCGCGGCGGCGAUGGCCCUGUUGCUCUCGACCAGCGUGCUGCUCGUCCUGUGCCUUCUCCCCGUCGACCCGGCUGCCCCGCCGGUCGCCGCCAUCCCGCACCGCCGAUCGGGGCGCCACGACGUGCCGUUCGGCCGUCACGCCGCGUUCGGCCCGUUCGCCACCGAGGUCGAGCUGCUGCUCCACGGCGGCGGCGCCGUCCCGGACAUCAGGACGUGCCGCGACACGCUCGACCGCCUCCCCGACUGGUCCCACUUCGACGCCGAGCUCGGCCCCCUGGAACGGUACUUCGGGUCGGACGGGGAGCUGAACGUGAAGGAGCGGCUGCUGUACCUGUUCCCGAUGCUGGACCGGGCGCCCAAGGACGGCGGCGUCAGCUGCGGCGAGCUGGAGGCCUGGCUGCGCCGGCAGGCGGCGGACCGUCUCGACGCCGUCGCGCGGAGGGAGCUCAAGAGGCACGACAAGGACGGAGACGGCGUCGUCACGCUGCGCGAAUACCUCGCCGUCGACCACGAUCAACACAUUGAUUGGACCGACACGGAGCACGGCGAACCAGGAUGGUGGCUGCAUAAGUUCAUAAGCGCGGAUAGAGAUCAUAGCGGCGCCAUGGACUUCAUAGAGCUCAACGACUUCUUGCAUCCAGAAGAUAGCAGCCAGGAGAAAGUGAAAUUAUGGCUGUUGAAGGAUAAAUUAAGUGGAAUGGAUCACGAUAGAGACGGGAAAUUAAGUUUGGAUGAGUUUAUCAGUCAGUUUCACAUGAUCGACCACAACUCCAUUGUAGAGCAUAGUGCUGAUGAUGAUACUAGUUGUGCUGAAGCUGAGAAGAAGUUUCGAGAGCUCGAUUCUAACAAUGACGGCUAUUUGACAGUGGAAGAAGCACGUCCAGUAAUCCAGAGCCUCAUCUCGGGAGAGUUUUCAUAUGCUAAAUCACAUGCAAAGCUUUUGAUGAAGGCUGAUGAUAACAAGGACAACAAGUUGUCACUAGAAGAGAUGCUGAACCACUACCUAUCUUUCUACAAUAUUGUUUACAUGGAUGAUCACUAUGACUACGAUGACAUUGGCAACAAUAUCCACGAUGAGCUUAGGUGACAAAUUUAGCCAAGACGGUAUAUAUAAACUGUUCCCUAUGACAAACAAAUUAUCAUGAUAAAAGCUGUAAAUUAUGACAAACAAUAUGAACGUGUACAUAUGGGUAACUACACGCGUAAGUAAUCUGACAUUUGUGCGUUUA